UCAGACAAUCUGGACAUAUCGAUUCACAUAGAGACGAUCGUUAGGAAAACACAACCUAUCGCAGUGUGAGAGUAUGCUCCGCGACUCGCUCUUCCAUUCCAGUUUCGUAGCAUGGCUCUUGGUACUGAUGACUCCCGCUGGUCACCAACUGUGCACAUCCCACCUGAGCUCAUACCAUCGAUUCUACAACAUAUUUCACCCACUUCUUCUUUUCCAUCUCUGCUCUCCAGGCAGGUAUUCACAGAUGGGUCAUGGCAGCAGUACCGACAUGAUCUUCGUGCAUUCGUUCAGUUUGCGUUGGUCUGUCAAACCUGGACUACUUUUACCCGCGAAAUCAUGUUUCACACCCUGAUCAUUCCAUGGCUAGAUGAGAGUAUUCUCCAGCUGUGUUCAGUUCUGCGGCAAUUUGGUUCCUAUUCGCGCGCCAUGAUAAUCUUCACAAUGGACACAAGCGGUCCGAUGCGGCUGUUGAACCGCAAUGAUUUUUGCGUUGCCUUGAAGGGUUGUUUUCCUUCAAUGCCACAGAUAAAGAAAGUGGAAAUCUACGACACCACGGACAAAAUAUUUGCCCACUCAAUACCAACUCAAGUUGGAUGUUUUGAAUUCCCGUCAGUGUGCUCUCUUAAGCUGUCGGGGAGCGUUGGGAGAGGUAGAAAGUCACUCCUCCAUGCCCUAGGGCACGGUGCGGCGUUCCUGGAGACCUUGGAGAUCAUGUAUUUGGAGACAUGGCCAUCGGACUACAAGCUUCCUACCCGGCUGGGGAAACUCCGCAGCCUCAUCUUGCAGUGCACCUACUUGUCGGUUCCAGGCGUCAUUGACCUUCUUCGUGGACCUGACGAGGAUGCAAGCAGUAGGUCCCUACGGAAGCUCGUCAUCAUCCCCAGUCACCAUCAAACUAUCCCGCCGGAUAUCACGCCUUUGCUCACAUUCGACUCAACCGGUGACCGUCUUCAAUUUUUGAUGAUACACAGGCUUGAUCCAUGCAGGUCACUGGCAUGUUGCCCUUCUCUCGAGACAUUCAUCUAUGUAUCUCCAACGAGUUCGAACAUCUUUCCGUUUUUACCACGCACGCUUCGUCGACUUGCCAUUUCAGCGACUUUGCUAUCUCCUUUGGAUCGGUUUGUCGUAUACAUCUCAUCCGAGAGAGCACAAAACCUGGAGCAACUUGCCGUAGCUCUCAAGCAUGAUGCCUAUUUGGCGCUUACAACUACGAGCGAGCCGUUCGUUAGUGUCACGAAGGCUUGCAAAGAUGCUGGAGUGACCCUCACCUGGAUAGUUCCGGGUGCGCUAGGGCUGGGUCUUGAAAGGUGGGAUGAUGUAACAGAACUAUUCCAGACCGUCCAAUCCUUGCCGAGGGCUAGGCUCAAGUUGACCUGAUGACCUUGAAUGUUCUAUAUUUACCUACUACUUUUCACUUGCUAUGAAUUUGGUGCUUACGUUCGAAAUAGUUGGACGUAACUUAACGUUAUUUUCAGUUACAAGACAACCAUACUUAGGAUGAC